GAUCUCAUCCAAACACACCCCUGCCUUACCUUUUGUUCUGGCUCUUCUCAGGACAUGACGAAGUCGAUUACGACCUCGCUCUGGAAUAGCCUAUUAUUUUACAUCAUCGGCGUCAACACUAGGGCAUCGAGCCACGUAUCGUCAUCUCAUCAUGGCGCCCACUGAGUCCGCUAUUUUGCACAACUACCUGACCUUCCCCGCCCAAUUGCCCUCCGCCAUCACACUCGAAGAAUUCACUGAACUCUUUCCAAAGGCCCAUCGAGCCAACCCGGUGAUUCGUUCUCUGUACCGCGAUCUGCAGCAUCAGAGGAGAGCGCUUGUCGACACUGUCACAGAGAACAUCGCCGCCGAGGAGAAGCGCGGGAGGGUCCUGAAGCGUCAGAUCGCCCGUGCCCGCAGCCGCGCGGCAGAUGAGGAUGCUGACCAGGAGCUCGAGAUCGAGCGAGCCCUCUUCGGCGCGUCUGGGACUCAAGACGCCAAACACACACUCAACUCCAUUAUCCCAGAGAUGGACACUGCUAUGGCUGAUCUCGAAGCAGAGAUCCAGAAGCUCGAGACACAGGAAAAGUCACUACUGGAAUCGGUGAAGCAGACGGUCGGUAGCAUGAGCGACCUGCGUUAUGGGCGCCUCUCCAACCACAGACUAAGGGACGACGUCAUGCAAGGCCUCAAGAGCGUACAAGAUGCCUGCGACGGAAAAAGUUAAUCAACUAAAGAUUACUAAUUUGGCACUACAUAAUCCAAAUGACCAGGGACCUCAGCCGCGUCCCAAACUGCUCUGGAUGUCAAGACCGUAGCGUCGUGCCCUUCAGCCUCUUCUCCGCCUAUCAGACACCUCUCUCC